GGAACCAGCGGCAACGGCGAGUAUGUUCCAAACUCUUAUUCAGGCAUGGAUCAAAGCAGUGAAGGAGGUAUGAAAAAGACUGGCAGUGUGAAUCUUGAUAAACUUAUAAAUGACUUCUCACAAAUAGAAAAGAAAAUGAUAGAAACCAGUGGAAAGAACAAAAUCCUGGAUAUUCAGUUGGAAAAGACUAACUGUUUAUUAAAAGUAAUGCAAACAAAAGAAGUCUCAAUGAAAGAAGAAUGUGCUACUCUUCAUAAUAUGAUAAAAGGGCUACAACAGACCCUCGAAUAUCAACACAAUUUGAAAGGUGAAAAUGAACAACUAAAAAGAAAUGCUGAUCUUAUAAAAGAGAAGUUAAAAUCUCAUGAACAGGAAUAUAAAAAUAAUAUUGCCAAACUUGUGAGUGAAAUGAAAAUCAAAGAGGAGGAACAUAAAAUAGUAAUAAGCAAACUUUAUCAGGAUAUGCAGAAAAAAGUUGAAUUAAAUGAAGAAAAGCACAAGGAACUAAUAGAGAAAAAGGAAAUGGAAAUAUCAGAGUUAAAUGCAAAGUUAAGAACUCAAGAAAAGGAAAAACAAAAUGAAAUAAUCAAACUACAGCUAGAGUUUGAUGCCAAACUAGCAAGAGUUCAGACCAAAUCAAAAUCAUAUCCAGAUGCUACUCUUUUGCCACAAAGUAUCUACAGAAGGAAGCUUCAACAUCUUCAAGAAGAAAAAAACAAGGAGAUUGCAAUUCUUCGUAGUAACAUUCGUGAUUUAGAGCAACGCCUUUCUGUUGGCAAAGAUUCUCACCUUAAGCGUAGACGGUUUUGAGCACAGCUAUAAAUUCAUGAGUUACUAUUUAAUUUAUUUAAAGGCAAUGGAAAAUUCAUUUCUAUUUUCAGCAUAAGCAUACUGCCUAAAUAAUAAAAAAGAAACAACUUUAAUCUUUUUUAUUGAGUUUAUUUAGACAAAUUCAUACCUUAGCCAACUGCAUACUACAUUCUUGCUUAACUGUAUUAUCCAUAAGGGGUUCAAGUUUAGAGGGUUUAGUUUCCCUGUUAAACCAUCAUUGACUAUGGAAAUACUCUAGGCAUUUCAAAGAUGGAUAACAUUCUUUUCUUUCCUAUUACAUCUUUCAAGACAGUUACUCAAAUUUCAGAAGAAUCUGAUACAGUGUUAAAGAAAACAAGAUACAAAGACUUUAUUUGUAGAUGAUAGUAAAAAUCAAGAUAUGAGUAUUAGAUAUAAAAAGUAAACAUUUAAAAUGUAGUCGCAUAUGCUUUCUUAGCAAAAUAUUCAUGUUAAGUAUUUCUGGAUCUUAAACAGAAUCUACCUCUUUCUUUAAAGUUUUAAUCAGUUAAAAAUAUAAGAUUUAAAAGACAAAGAUAAUAUUGUUUUGAAAUAUAAGUAAAGAAAAAUGGAAAACAUGUCUUUGUUGUUCUUCCUCCAUUCUAAGUUACUAACUAUCCAACAGAAACCCCUAGGUCAUAGUUUAUGUUUCUGUUCUCAUCAAUGCAAAUAGAAUACUGGAAAAAGAACAAGAAAGACAUAUUAACCAAUAGCUGCAAUCACUUUUCAGUUGCCUCAUAAUAAAAAUAUGGUUCGGGUCAAAAUUUCUAUGGCAUAAAAUUUAAAAUUUAUAAACCAAUAUAGUAGAUUUCUCCAUGUUUGCACAUUAUCCAAUUCCUGAUUUUGGCUCACUAAUUAUUAAUUAUGUGACUUGUAAAAAUGCUGGAAAUGAAAUUGUGUCUAGACAAUUGGGAAGUACAUCUUAUUUUAAAUAUUUAAUUUGAACGUCAUUUUCACUUUUUUGCCUUAUUUUUUCAGCUUCAAUUGGUGCCAACUUCUGUGGAAUCAAGCUGCUGACUUGGUUGUCAGGCAGCAGGAGGCAUUCGUCACUGACAAGAUUCAAUGACGUUCUCCUCUGCCCUAAGUCCCUGUCAGCUACAUAAAGAUGGCAGGUUUUCGGCACACUGUCAGGUGAUUGCAGACCCUGUUUUUUCAAAUAUCAGAUGUCGACAAUGGCAGCAACAGCUACUAGAAGCUGCCUGUGGAUCUUUGGACAACUUACACAGUAAUUGAUUUACACAUCCCUUUCGGCAGAGCUUCCUUUGUGCAAGUGAAAGUUGUAAACCUUCACCUCCUGCUAUCUGUCAGCUCUCUGAGUUACCCUGCCUAUAGUGGCCCUUGUGCUUUUCAUGGUGACGAAGGCCUAGAGGAGGGGUAUUUGGAGGAGUAUCUGCUGCUCCUGGUUGCUGAUUCUCUGAAAGCUCACUGCUCCCAAGAUACUGAUGUCCAUGCUUGUGGUGAUGUUUGUGAUGGUGAUGUGGCUGCAGAACCUCAGUUGUUUUUUCCGCAGGGGGCAAAGAUAGAUUUUUACAGAAUUCUUCAUCUUUGAGAGUCUAAAACAAAUUUGUAAAUCACUUAUUAAUAAGCGAGUAGAUUUAUGAAGAAUGCAUAAAAAAUUAUUGGUAGAACUGACAUACGUGGGAUUCUAACUAGUUAAAUAGGAUAGAGCUGGUUUUGUGUUUCUUGCACUAUAUUAAUAAAAAAAAAGUC